AGGACUAGGUUUCAAGGAUAUAACUGAUUUCAAUACAGCUAUGCUUGGUAAACAGUUGUGGAGGCUAAUAGAAAAGCCAAACACUUUAUUUUCUCGAGUUUUCAAGGGUAGGUAUUAUAGGAACGCCUCACCCCUGGAACCGAUUCGAUCAUACUCUCCGUCAUACGGCUGGAGGAGUAUUGUAUCUGCUAGAUCUCUGGUAAGCAAAGGACUAAUCAAAAGGGUGGGAACAUGAUCUUCUAUAUCUGUAUGGAACGAUCCUUGGCUCCCAACCACUCGCCCGAGACCGGCCAAUAAAAAUCAACGCCAAUAAAAAUCAACACAAUUUGUAUCCAGACCUUACUGUGGAUUCCCUUAUUGAUUCCACUUCGCGAAAAUGGAAUUCGCAGGUUAUUCGUACUUUGGAAGACCCACAGGAUGUGAAAAUCAUAGAGAGCAUACCACUGAGCAGAAACCAGUUGGUUGAUAGGGAAGGAUGACAUUUCACAAAUAAUGGAAAAUUUACGGUUAAAUCAGGAUAUCAAGUAGAGAGGAUUUACCCGGAUAGGGAAAGAUCACCAGUAUUAAUUGGACCUACAGUUGAUGUUUUGAAGGCAUUUUGUUGGAAACUAGGGUGCCCACCAAAAAUAAAACAUUUUCUUUGGCAAUUGGUUUCAGGGUGUGUUGCAGUUAAGAAGAAUUUGCAGGUGCGAGGGAUCCAAGGAGAUAUAUGUUGUGCAAGAUGUGGAGCGGAUGAGGAGUCGAUUAACCAUGUGUUUUCUGAGUGUCCUCCAGCAAUUCAGGUUUGGGCGCUGUCAAAGAUACCAACAAAUCCAAUUAUUUUCCCAACAAGCUCUAUAUUUACAAACAUGGAUCACCUUUUCUGGAGAGUUGUUCCACCGAUGGAGGAUCAUCACUUUGCUUGGAUACUUUGGUACAUCUGGAAAGGAAGAAAUAAUAAAGUUUUUAGUAAUCUGGAUAUGGACCCUCGGGACACUCUUAAGUUGACAGAAACGGAAUCCACACUCUGGGCAGAGGCACAGAUUUUGAAGGACCAGAACACGGGAACACAGGUUCAGGCAUCUCUGCCGUCAAUUCCUGGAAGAUGGUGUUUUACUGAUGGAUCAUGGAAAGAGGGGGAUAUGUUCUCUGGUCAGGGUUGGUUCAGUACUUUAGAAGGUUUUGAAAGUCUAAUGGGAGCCAGGAAUGUAAGAGCUUCUUUAACUCCCUUGCAUGCAGAGAUGGAGGCGCUACUAUGGGCUAUGGAAUGUAUGAAGAAUUUACGUCAAUUCCAGGUUACGUUUGCAACGGAUUGUUCUCAAUUGGUGAAGAUGGUUUCGGAACCAGAAGAGUGGCCAGUUUUUGCAAGUUAUUUGGAAGAUAUCAAGAGUCUGAAAGAGAGCUUCACACGAUCAGAGAUUAUACAUGUACCAAGAACGCAAAAUACAAAGGCGGAUAACCUAGCACGCAGUGUCAGGAAACAAACGUCUUUCCUAAAAAAAAUUAGAAAAAUAAAAUAUACACAUUGUUGUUUAUUUUUGGUUUUUGGUUUGGUUCAAAAAAGAACGUUAGGCCCUCUACCCUCGUUAAAAUUUUGAGCUCAACUCGGUUCUAAUUCAUUCUUAUUUUUUGGAUUAUUUUGAAUAAUCUGCUAAAAUCACAUUUUGAAUUUUGGAUAAAAUAUCAAAUAACUCGGAUAAAUUUGAAUAUUUUGGAUAAAAAAUUAUUCAAGUUAUCAGUUCUAUCGAGAAAUUAAAAUAAUUUUAAUUUUUUUGAAUAAAAAAUAACAGAAUAAUCCAGUUUUUUUUGGGUAAUUCAGUUUAUAAAAAAUAAUAUAUUUUAUAUUAAUUACAUUUUAAUCUUGCUGAGUUGUUAUCAUCUUACAUUUCUACAUUGCAUACGUGGUAGUUUUAUAAUCAAGUUGGACAAACCUUAGACCAAUUUUUUAUUCUCUACAAAUAUUUACCAAUCUUAUUAUAUAAUAACACGAUUUUGUCUAUCCUUAUGACAAGCAAUAUAUUGUAAUCCAAUAUAAUUCCAAGAGCUCUAACUAAUCUUCAUCUCUUUCGCAUUCACAACUUCAACUGACAAUAUUGCUUAUUGCAAGUAAGCAAUGAUAAUCACACAUCACGUCUAAUCUUCCUCUACCUACAAUGAGUAUAAAGAUGAGUGUUAAUGCUUCUAAAUCUCAUCGUUUACUUUAUACAAUCAAACAAUAAGUAAAAAGGAGAUAUUCUCAAUAGCUAGGGUGUCCACGUCGGCAAUUAAAAUCAUCCAAUGGGGUUGGUUCUUUCCUCCAAGUCAACCCGAACUUGGGCUGAUCUUGGGCUGUUAAUAUUUUUUUUUGAUCCGUGAAAAGGGAAGAAACAUGUGGGUCAAAAGCCCAAAUCUGAGAAAAUCGGAUAAUUUCGACAUCUCAUCUCUUCGCUCUUUAGUAACCCUAAAACGGUCAGGCGAUGAAUCUCUUCGACAUCUCAUCUCUUUGCCCUUUCCCCUUCUUCAACGGAUCGAUCAAUCGACACCGUAUUCAUGAGUGUACAAUGAAUCCUCUGGAAAUCUCAUUAAUGGGCUCUUUUCGUCUAUCUCCCUCUGAGAUUCUUUAUAACAUUCAUAUGUUUCCCCACAUUUGUUACACACAAAACUCUCUCAAGCCAUGAAUUCAAACAGCAAAUCUCCUGUUUCCGGCGAUCUUACCGCGAGGAAACCAAACGGAAAGGACGUUGUCUCCUCCGCCGAGCCGGUCAAACGAGACGGCCAAACCGGUGUCUCUAUCGCUACAGAUGUCUCCGGCGAUCCUAAGAAGACGAAACCAAACGGCAAGGCCGUUGUCUCCUCCACCGAGCAGAUCAGACAUACCGAACAAACCGGUGGCUCUUGCGCCAACGCUGUCUCCGGCGAUCUUAUACCAAAGAAAUCAAACGGCAAGGCCGUUGUCUCCUCCGCUGGGACGAUCAAACAUAGCGGCGGAUCUGGUGUCCCCUCCGCCAAAACUGAUGAAGUGCUGUUCUUCAAAGAUGUCAAGUUUGGACCACAAGAAGGCGAGUUAAGGUUUCGUCUGAUCCAUUUUUGGGAGGCUCGGAACGCACUCACGAAGAUACUUAUUGGAUUCAUCCCACCGAGCAGGAUUGACACCUAUUUGCCACAUAUUAUCGCUGGUUCCAUCUACAGACUUAAUAAGUUUUAUGGAUCUAAAAGCAAGAUUGUGUACCGGGUUGCUGAACCAGACGUGACCAUUGCUUUCUCAUGAAAUUCUGUCCUCUCUGAUCUCGAGGAUAGUCCGGUUCAGUUUCCUGAAGAUCGGUUCCGCUUCUAUGGAUAUGAAGAAUUUGAAGCGGUCUCUGACCUCAAGGGGGAUCUUUACUAUUAUGUUGGUCACAUGAAACUGGUGAAUGAGCAGACUCUGAAUGACAGUCUUGUGAUGAAGUCGAGAUAGCUUCUACAAGGCAAAAUUUUGGUUCAUGUUCAAACACAUGAUGGUCAUGUGAUGAAGCUCUAUCUAUGGGACAAGGCUGCCACUGACCUCUGUGAGAAGUUUAAGGCACAUGAAAACACUCCGAGUGUUAUUAUGGUGACCACUGUCAACCCGAAACGAUUUGGAGGCGCGCUAGCUCUAUCCUUUAUGUCAUCUUCGCGUGUGUUCUUUGACAUGGAUGUUCAACCAACCAGGGAUUAUCUGACUUAGUAAUUAUUUCUUAGUUGCAUAAGCAUUUGGAAGCUUUGACUUACAUAAUUUUUGGGGAACCUUUACUUCAGGUUGAGCUCAAAAUCGGAUGUUGCUAACAUGGUUAAUGCCGAAAUUGUCACCAAGGCUGAGAUAGUUACUAUAGGAGAACUAUUCUCCUACAUCAAGAAAGAAGGAGCAAAGGUUGCUUGGUUUGAGUGCACAGCCACCAUUGAUGAUGUUGUGCAUGGUUCUGCGUGGUAUUAUAUCGCCUAUGGUGGGUGCAAAACUAAGGCAACCAAAGGGCCUACCACGCUUAUGUGUAAGAAAUGUGGGAAAGCUGAAGUUGCUGGUGUUGCAGAGUGUCUCACGAAGCUCUCUGUAUAUGAUAACAAUGAUCAAGCGUUUUUUGUGCUUCUUAGUGACGCUGGGCGUGAGUUGACUGGGAAGCCAGCAUCGAAAUUGGUUGAGAGCUACUUUGAGGCCAAUGAGAACGUAGGAGAUGAUCAUGUGAUCCCGGUGCCACAAGCUCUGAUUGGUACCAUUGGACAAACUCACAAGUUCAAUGUCAAGGUUUCAAAACACAAUUUGGAAGGCACGACCCAAGCUUUGACUGUCACAAAGGUACUCCCUCCUGAAGCUCCAGCACCCGAAGGCAACUUAGAAGAAAACAUGAUUGCUCAUUCCGCCGAAGAAACUUUGCAGAUGGGUAAUCACGAGGAUGGUCCUUCCAUUGAGAAUGAGGAAGCUGCAGAUGAAGUGGGAAAAAUGAGUUCUGAUGGGAUUGAGUCAGGAGAAGCUAAGCGUGCCAAAUGUGGUGAAUAUGUUUUAAGUACUGGUUUUGGUUUAUUGAAAGACUAUGCUUUGUUUCAUUGGCUAAUAAGUUUUAAGAACUGAUUUUGGUUUAAUAAAGGACUAUGCUUUGUUUCAUUUUAUUUUCGAGUUUGUCUUGGCAGCAUUUUAACUGUCUUGGUUAUAAUAUCUUUUGGUUAUACUUA